AUCAGGUCUUUCUUUGACCACCUGAAAGCAAAUAACAUGGACAAGUUUAACCAGACAUUUGUGAUAGAGUUUAUUCUUUUGGGUCUUUCUCAGUACCCCAAGCUUGAGAUCAUUUACUUUCUUCUAAUUCUAAUGAUGUAUCUAGUGAUUCUAAUGGGCAAUGGUGUUCUCAUCACAGCAAGCAUUUUUGAUUCGCGUCUUCACACCCCCAUGUACUUCUUCCUGGGCAACCUCUCUUUCCUGGAUAUUUGUUAUACAUCCUCCUCUGUUCCCUCGACAAUGGUGAGCUUAAUCUCAAAGAAAAGAAAUAUCUCCUUCUCUGGAUGUGCUGUGCAGAUGUUCCUAGGAUUUGCAAUGGGUUCAACAGAGUGUUUGCUCCUUGGCAUGAUGGCUUUUGAUCGCUACGUGGCCAUCUGUAACCCACUGAGAUACCCCAUCAUCAUGAAUAAGUUGGUGUAUGUGCUGAUGGCUGCUUUAUCAUGGCUCUCUGGUGGAGUCAACUCCAUUGUGCAAACAUCACUUGCCAUGCAAUUACCUUUCUGUGGGAAAAAUAUUAUCAAUCACUUCACAUGUGAAAUAUUAGCUGUUCUUAAGCUUGCAUGUGCUGACAUAUCCCUUAAUAUUAUCACCAUGGUGGUAUCGAAUGUGGCCUUCUUAGUUCUUCCUCUGGUGAUUAUCUUUUUCUCCUACAUGUUCAUUCUUUACACCAUCUUGAGAAUGAACUCGGCCACAGGAAGACGCAAAGCCUUUUCCACCUGCUCAGCGCAUCUGACGGUGGUGAUCAUAUUUUAUGGUACCAUCUUCUUUAUGUAUGCUAAACCCAAGUCCCAAGACUUGCCUGGAGAAGAAAAGUUGCAAGCAUUAGACAAGCUCAUUUCCCUGUUCUAUGGGGUAGUGACCCCCAUGCUCAAUCCCAUUAUCUAUAGUUUAAGGAAUAAGGAUGUAAAAGCUGCGGUGAAAUAUCUGCUGGACUGCAAACCUAUCUCAUAA